AUGAAUGAAGAUCAGGUGAAGGACGUAAUCCACAGAUGGCAAAAUACUCCAGAGGAUGAUCUGAAGCCAGAGGACUACCAGCAGUUCAAGAAUUUGGGAUCUGCCUGUCUCACCCAGGGAGACGGGUCACAACUUCUGAAAUUCCUCCGGGAUGAGAAAAAACAGGAGAUUGUGAGGUCUAUGGGAUGCGUUCUCAUGGCACCUCUUCUAAAUGCAGUGGUUAAAAAGGAGAAGAGUCUCGAUCACUGCCAGGCUGCUAUCACACAUCUGACCAGGACUUGCAGGCCGAAUGAGCUCCUGCAUAGCUUGCUUGAAAUAAUUGAAGACAUUGAUCCAGGGGCCAUUUCUGAGAGCAUCUUAGCCCUUGUUCCGCAUCUUCAAACAGUGCUGCUCCAGCUGGGUGACAGAAAGGCAGCCAGUGUGGGCUCGGCUCUGACCGCCCUGCAGAGGCAGCUGUCCCGGCUGCCCGUGCCUUACACCCGGCAGCAGGAGGAGGCUGAUGAGCACGGCCUGUGUCGCUGCUACAGCGCCUUGGCUGUGUUCGUAAAGCCGUUCAUAGAGGAGGUGAAGGGGAAACGUGGAAGCUGGGUUACCACUUCUGAGGAUGAGGAGAUGAGGACUGAGCUUCUCAAGUUCUGCAUGAGGAGCUUGAGGGAGCCCUUGCUCGAGGCCGAACUGAACCGGGACAGGAAAUCGCCACUGUGGCUCUUUGCAACAGAGAUAAUGGUCACACUGCCUGCCAUCCAAGAGUCUCUGUCAGAGAUCCUGUUCUUCAGCACUCUGAAGAAAAACACCCAGAUGGACAGCGUUGAGUCCAAGGAGUCAAGAGCCUGUCUGGCUUAUCUGCUGUUCGUCCAGCUCAUGGGCAUCCAAAACUAUCCGGCAGUAUUCAGUCCUCUAUUUGUUCUUCAGUGCAACAUGGAGUACAUCAAUCAACUACUCAGUAGCAAAAACGAAUCACACUUGCUCAAAGGACUGGCACUGUAUGCAAAAAGCUUGGAGAGUGUGCAAGACAACAGCCUCCCAGUGAGUCUGCUGGAGCUGAAGAGCUUCUACAGUGUACCACAGAAUCUGAGGCAAGUUCUUACUGACUGCCCGAUGCAGCAUCUGAGAGAAUCGGGACUGAAGGUUUUCCAGCUCUUCAUCAAUAAAUUAGAUGCUGAAGCAAAGCACAAGUUCUUCAGGUGCAUGUUGAAAACCAGCAACCAUGCGGGAGUAGAGAGUUACAUAGUGAAGAACAUCAGGAAUCAAGUUGAAUUUUCUAUGAAGUCGGGUGAUGCCAAUAAAAGGUUCCUUGGGGAGGAGUUUCUCUCACUGUUGGGACUGGUGUUCUGUUUGCCACAAGGUGCUGAGACAGAUUUGCUUAACAGUAUGGACAGGAUAAUGGAGAGUCUGAAUCUUCUCCGUUACCUCCUCCUCAGAGACAAAGAACUGAGGAGCACUACAGAUGUGUGGGAAGAGCUGUGCCGGAUCAAAGACCAAUACCUGAAAAUACUGCGUGUGUGCAUCAGCAUAUCAAGAGGAUAUUACUCUGCUGAACUGAAAGCACUGAGGGAGGAUCAAAAGCUAAAAGCAAAAGAAGCCAGAGAGGCUGCCAGAUCCACAAGAUUAUUCAAAAGCAUGACGGUAAAACAUGAGAAAGUGUCCAAUAUGUCCCCUGAGGCCCAGCACCAGGUGUUGCAGAGCGCCCUGGUGACAUUUGACCUCAUGGAGAGUCUUAUAUUCCGUAUUGAAGAGAUCACAGAGGAAAAGCUGAAGAUCCCAAACUGA